CUCACCGAGUUGUGAACCAUACAGAUACAGGAGAAACAGAAAAUACACGGGUUAUUGAAAAAGCAUAAAUUUAAAGAAAGGAACGGCAAAUAUAAAGUUUUAUUGUUUUUUUUAUCAUCGCACAAUAUAACACUCUAUAUACCUCUACAAGAUACAAGGAUAACCAUCAUCAGUUCAAAACUAUUUAAUAAGGUGCUAAGAAUACUAAAAGAAUCACUCGACUAAGAAACCUCAAGAAACACGAACGUGUCUUACAAAAAUCAUAAGAACACUUUUUCAAGUGGAUGUUUUUUUCUGUUCUAAUUUUCGUAAAUUAAUAUUGUUCAUUGUUUUAAUAUUAUUAAAAACUGUGCAACGAAAAUACCUCAACUUCAUCAACUAUAUACUACCUCAUACCGUAAAUAAGCUAAAAAGGAUUUUUUAAAGCGAAAUUUACUUCCUAAGUGUUAAUUUUAGUGCAAGAAAUAAUCUACCUCAAUUUAAGUACAAAACAAAAAUAAAAAACAAUUUUAUUACAUAAACCAAAAUUAUUAAAAAGCGAUGUCAGAAAAGAGUUGCCACUGGGAUUAAACAUUUAACUCCGAUUCUUUGCUUUAGUGUUGUGAAAUAUAAAAUAAAGUUUAGUUUCGAUCAAAAAUAACGGAAGAACCAUAUUUCAAAUAUUAGAAGAACAUUCACGGACCAUCAUCACAUCGACUAUGGCUUUGUCACUUCUACAGGACGCGCAAACAAGAGGAUUAGCCGCCGCCCUAGCAGGAAUAAAACGUGAAGAAGUCGAUAGUCUAUCUAUGUCACCGCCAAUGUCUGGAAGUAAUACAUCAGCCAUGUACCAUCAGAGUGGUCAAGCUAUGCAUGCCGCAGCAGCUUCAGCAUUCGGGAUGCUUUCGCCACAAUUAUUGGCUGCAAAUCGGUCAGCAGCGGCAGCUUUUAUGGCUGCACAGUUGCCGAUGUCAACACUAGCCUCCACACUGUUUCCUCAUCAUCCAGCUUUAUUUGGGGCCUGGCCACCAGCAUCGUCAGCAAACCUGCCUUUAGGACCACAUUCUCCACCCGCCAGCCCAAUUUCACCGCCUAUGAUGCAAAAAUCAUCGAAUUCCAUUGCCAAUCUUAUGCAGUCACCAACAAGUACUGGCGGAAACACUGAAGUUUCGCAAAAGAAGUCGAGGAAGAUUUCCGUGAAAAAGGAAUUUCAAUCCCCACCCGGCUCAAUGGAUAUUGGGGGCAACGGAGAAAUGUAUCACAGUCCAAAUGGUCCCAUCUCCCCACCGUCUAGUGGGUCAUCACCAAAUUCAACAAAUGAUGGGCCUGUUGCGUGCAAAGAUCCUUCCCGUGAUAAAAGCUUCACUUGCAAAAUCUGCAGUCGAUCAUUUGGAUACAAACACGUUCUACAAAACCACGAACGUACUCAUACCGGUGAGAAGCCGUUUGAGUGUCCUGAGUGCCAUAAACGUUUCACCAGGGAUCAUCAUCUUAAAACCCACAUGCGUUUACAUACUGGAGAAAAGCCUUACCACUGUAGCCACUGUGAUAGGCAAUUUGUGCAGGUUGCAAACUUGAGGCGUCACUUAAGAGUGCAUACAGGAGAGCGACCUUACAAUUGUGACAUUUGCGAUGGUCGCUUCAGCGACUCAAACCAGCUAAAGUCCCAUAUGCUUAUACACAACGGAGAGAAGCCUUUCGAAUGCGAACGCUGCCACAUGAAAUUCCGUCGGCGACACCAUCUCAUGCAUCAUAAGUGUGGCAUUCAAUCUCCGCCAACACCAGCCAUUAGUCCAGCGAUGUCUGCAGAUUACAUUCUUUGUGACCAAAAAUCGGCUGUAAGCUCGUUCGGAGGCUCCGAUGAGUCAAUGUCUGCAGCAGCGUCAGCACAAGCCGCCUACGAGACUCCUUUAGAUCUCUCCGAGGAUGGAGCUAUGUCAGCAAAUGGAAGCGUGGACGGUGACAAACGGUGCCGCAAACCUCAUGACAUCCGCAGGGUCUUCCGUCUUCCUCCUCAAAUUGUGCACAUUCCCACAGAUGUUCCAGUACAAACGGAACCGGAAGAUCUCAGUAUGCGGUCACCGCGAUCUCAUCGCGAAUCAGCAUCUCCCAUGUCCUUCCAUCACGAUGAGGACCUUGACGAUUUGGAUGAUGCUGCAACACUCUAUAUGCGUCAGCAACAAAAAUUGUUAGAAGAACAAAUGAAUGACCUCAAGCACAAUGUUCGAAUUGAAUAGUUUCACAUCAGGAGCAAAUGACUCGUUAAUUGUAAAUAAGUUAAAAUUAACCCAAAUACCAAAAUCUAAAAGAAAAUGUUUCGAAAAACAGGAAUUAAUAUAAGUACAACCCUUAAAACCCCACAUUUUUUUUACAUAUUAAAGAAAACUAUUUAUGAAUUAAAUAUAUGUACAAAAUAUAGAUAAGUUACGAAGACGAUGUUUUAACAAAAAGAAGUCCAAGAGUACCCUAAAAACUAAUGAAACACUUGUGCCAUUUUGUUUUUUUACUGUUUUUUUUUUUUUAUUUUAUAUUUUAAUAAAUUUAUCUUUUAAUUAUAAAUAAUACAAAUCGGAAGACAAUUGUACAUACUAAAUCAAACAAAAUUGUAAAUUUAUAGGAAAAUAUUUAUUUCCAAAUUCGAAAAAUUGAACAUAAUUAUUUUUUAAUUUUAACUAACUAUAAACAAUUAUUUUUUAAGAAAUUAAUUUUCUUAAAGAAAGUAAAAAAAAUCAAUCAAAAUUAACUAUAAGUUAUUAAAUUUUAGUUCCGUAAUAGUGAAAAAUUGUUUUAUACUUGAAAAAUCAAAAAUAAAUUGUUUUGUUUUUAGUUAUUUCUUUAUAAAAAUGAAUUUAUAGUUUCAUACAAAACCUUAUGAAUAAAAAGAAUAUUAACCAAAAAUAAUUUUAUUUUGUUUUUAUUUUGUAUUAUUAUGUAUACCAACAACUAUUUUAUGGCACAAGAAUCCACUUUUCUCCUUUCCUCCUAAUUAAAAUGACAAAUCCAGGAAUACCACAAAUACCUCCAACGAAAUAUAAUUCACUUCGCAAGAACUAUAUACAUAUAUGUAGAAAUUAUAUGAAGUCAUAUUUAUACACAAAAAAACUUAUAUAAAUUUAAAAUGUAUACAUAACUUAUAUUUAAUAAAUACAUAAAUAUUUUAUUUUGACAAAGUUUCAUAGAUAUAUAUUUCAGUUUUUGGUUUAAUCCUUUUUUGCGGUUUGUAACGAUAGAUCCUUUCGUUUGCAAUCAUUCAAAGUAUGGUAUACAAGUUCCUCAGAAAAUAGUGAGAGAAAAUAUAAAAUUUGAAAAAAUGAAAAAUCUUUCUUAAUAAAUAAAAAAUCAAUUAAUAUGUAUCUAAACUAUAUAAAAUAAAAUAAAUAUUUAUUAUUAUUAUUUAAUUUAAAGUAAACGUAAGAAAUACAAAUUAAUACUAUACUAUUAAUAAAUUUUUUGUUGACAAUUGGAAUCUAGAGAAAUGGAAAAUAAUAUCCUCAUCUCUUUUACUGUAUUUUAGUUUUUUUGUUUCCCUAAUGUAAAUAAAAUAAACAACUUAAUUAAUGUAUUUCAUUUAAGUGUAACGAUAAAUGU